AUCAUAUAUAUACAACCGCCGGUCCGGUGGUUGUGGAACCACCCUCUCCCGGUUGCAGCGAACCAUCCUCAUGGUGAUGGAGCUAAUUAGUGGAGCCACCCUCUUCUUGGUUUCUCUCAUCUCAGUGGUGAUUCUAGUUUCCUUGCUUAGCCGCAAACUAUCACCAAGUUCCAAGAAGCGGCGGCCUCCCGGCCCAUGGCGUCUGCCCUUGAUCGGAAACCUCCACCAGAUCCUCACGCCAAAGCUGCCCGUCGUCCUCCGGGACCUGGCCAAGAAGGACGGGCCGGUGAUGCGCCUCCGGCUGGGCCAGGUGGACGCCGUGGUGGUCUCCUCGCCGGCGGCGGCGCAGGAGGUGCUCCGGGACAAGGACCUCGCAUUCGCGUCGCGGCCGAGCAUCCUCAUGUCGGAGAUCAGCCUCUACGGGAACCUUGACGUCGCCUUCGCGCCGUACGGCGCGUACUGGCGGACGCUGCGAAAGAUCUGCGCGGCGGAGCUGCUGAGCGAGCGGAAGGUCAGGCAGUUUUCGCUGGUGAGGGACAAGGAGACCAUGUCCCUCGUCAGCAACGUUCGCGAGGCGAGCAGGGGCGGCCAGCCGUUCGACCUCCGCAGGCUGCUCGUGCUGUGCUCGAAUUCGGUAACCGGGAAGGCGGCGUUCGGGGAGAUGUGCAGCUCCGAGCUCCAGGAGCAGUUUCUGGCGGUGAUGGACGAGGUGCUGAAGCUCGGCACGGGGCUCUGCGUCGGGGACCUCUUCCCGUCGCUGUGGUUCGUCGACGUGGUCACCGGUCUGAGAGGCCGGCUAUGGCGAGCCCGCCGGCAGCAGGACGAGGUCCUGGACAAGAUCAUCUCUCAGUCCGAAGUGAGGCAAGGUGAUCACGUUCUAAGCUCUUUGCUUAGCAUCAGGGACAAAGGGGAGAUGGAACUGGACAACGUCAAGGCGAUCAUCAUGGAUAUGUUCUCGGCCGGGACGGAGACGACAUCGUCAGCGGCCGAGUGGGUCAUGUCGGACCUCAUGAGGAACCCGGAGGUGAUGAUGAAGGCGCAGGCUGAGGUGCGACGGACGUUCGACAAUAAGAGCUCUCAAGACCACGAGGGACACAUAGUGGAGCUACACCACACCAAGAUGGUGAUCAAGGAGAGCAUGAGGCUACAUCCAGUGCUGCCGCUGCUGAUUCCCCGUGUCUGUCGAGAGACCUGUGAUGUCGGUGGAUUUGAGGUCACGGAGGGCACCAGGGUUAUGGUGAAUACCUGGGCAUUGGGUAGGGACCCCGAGUACUGGCAUGAGCCUGAGGAGUUCAGGCCGGAGCGGUUCGAGGAUGGCACGGCGACCUACAAAGGCUCGCGGUUCGACUACUUGCCGUUCGGAAGCGAGAGGAGAAUCUGCCCGGGUGAUACCUUUGGGGUUGCCGUGUUGGAGCUCAUCGUGGCACGACUUCUCUACUACUUCGACUGGAGCCUCCCCGCCGGAGUGAAGCCGAGUGAGCUGGACAUGGAAAUGAUUGUUACCUUAACCUCGAGGAGGAAGAACCAGCUGCACCUAGUGGCGACACCGUAUAAGGCAUGCUUAUGUUAAUUGAACUUAACUUAGGGGCGCUGUAGGGAAUGAUUACGGUUGAGUUUUUUUAGGGAACCACCGAACACCAACUUUAUUAUAUCACUAGGAGAUAUGCUUGUGUUGCAACGGUAGAAAAAGUACCUCAUAUGCCCUCCAUUUUAAUCACCAAAAACUCCAUGAUCAUGAACAACCACCUUGAGCCACGAUGUUUCUCUUUUAUUCCCAUACUAUGUAAUGAUUAUCAUGAUCGCAAAACUUGUGUA